UCAUUACUGAGAUUUGUUUUAUCAAGUGUGUGACUGCUGGUUUGAAUGGCCUUAUCUCAGAAACAACAAGGUUUAGGUCAAUUGUGGUCAGAUAGUAAGGUCUGAGUAUUGAUUACACAUCAAGCAAGUAAUUGCCCUGAAAACCACUUGAAAUACAACCUCUUUCAAAACAAAGUCCCUUUCUUAAAGCUUUGGGUCAAUUGUUGUCAGAUAGAAGUCUGGGUAUUGAUAAGUACUUGCCCUGAAAACCACUUGAAAUACAACCUCUUUCAAGUCAAUCAAAUACUGAUAUGUCGAAAUAUCACAAAGGUCAUUCAACAGGCAAAACGAGAAGACAGUUUAACAAUUACACAUUUUUAUGGGUGGCAAAUUAUGAUUGUUGGAGGUAAUUUAGGUCUAUAGUUUUUUUCAUGAGAUGACACAUUAUACAAGUACUGCAGUGCAGUGUGUAAAGUUAAUGCCCUAGGGCUGAGCUCAGCAGCAGUGUGAAAGCAUUUGGCGCUAAUAAAAGGGGUGUAACUCCUAUCUGUUGCCUUGAAGCGCUCAUUUAACAUGCGCAGUUAGUAGACACCGCCAGUUGGGCGCGAGCAUUUGGAGACCUACUAAUGGAACGCGUCAGACGUUCUAACUGAACCGGGUCAACUUUCGGGUCAAAUAACUACAUAAGGAAUCAAGUUAAUGUUAAUCAAGUUACAUUAAAAGAAGGAACAAAAAUCAAUUUUUCUGCUCACACACACGUCCAUGAUUGGGGAGCUUGUCAGAGUCGGUAAAGAUGGAAAGAUGUGGAGGAGGCAGGAACUGUCAACUGCCCAAUACCACCAGAGGAAUUGGAAGAUAGUGCUGUGGGUAGUGGCCUUUCUGCUAACCCUGGUAGAGGGGGUGUUCUCUGAGGAGGACCUCAAGGAGGCCCACACUGAGCGUCUCCGAGCCCAGGAGAGGACCACCACUGCUGGGGCCUGGCUCCCAGACCACUACCCAGAGAUCCACGAGCUGGGAGAGAACAGGGAUGGCCAUGGCCAGGCCUCCUGGCCCAGUCUGUUUGAGAACCGCAGUCUGGAGGAUGAUGGAGAGAGCUACCCGGGCAGGUGGCAACGCUCGCCCCCAGACCCCGACCCCUCCCGAAGAGGCUCCCGCAAGAAGCCCAAGAACAGCAGCCGGGACUGCCGCAUGGAGAAGAAGGAGAUGCGUGUCAGAGACCUAGGCCUGGGCUUUGACUCAGACGAGAUCGUCCUGUUUAAAUACUGUAUGGGGACGUGUUCGAGCUCCCGUAAGAACUACGACUUGGCCCUCAAGGCCCUGACAGAAAACGGAAGUAUCUCAGGCAGGAAAGUGAGUGCCCACCCAUGCUGCCGGCCCACCCGCUAUGAGACUGUCUCCUUCAUGGAUGCCCAGACUAUAUGGCAAACCAUCAAGUGGCUGUCUGCAGCUAACUGUAGCUGUGUGGGGUGAUGGGCAGAGAGUAAGAAGAAGACUACCUGCAGAACACACAUGCAUAAAGAAGCUUUAGGGUGAAGAAAAGAAGAGUCUGAGAUGCCUUCACUGUGGGCGUGUUGGGUAAAAAGGCUGGAUCAGAGCCUGGAUCGAAGCCUUGGCCCAAAAUUUGGUUCUCCUCCUGACGUGGAUCUACUUUGGAUAAACCCGGAUUCUCGGGUUGGGAAACAGCACGGAUGCAGAAUAGAGAUACACCCUGCCCUUGAGCAUGGCAGUUAGCCCUCAACAACAACUGCUCCCCGGACGCCGAUGACAUGGAUAUCAAUUUAAGGCAGCCCCCUGCACCUCUCUGAUUCAGAGGAAGUGCGGAAGACACAUUUCGGUUGAAUGCAUUCAGUUGUGCAACUGACUAGGUAUCCCCCUUUCCCUUCCCCUUUCCUGUCAAUCCCUAUGUCCAACAGAGGAGCUGCAUCCUCAGUCAGAGCCCAGGAGUCGCAGCUCUGGAGACUGGAGAGGACUGGAGCUCCUUGGCAGGGACUGGGGUGGUUAGGAGUAGUCAUAUGUUUAGAGAGUUAGGCCAACUUUUAGAAUUUUGAAUAUUGUUAUUAUUCUAGACAUUAAGUUACAUAUUAAUGUUUAAAUAUUCCCAAUGUAAUGUUAAUGUGGCGCUAACAUGGCUGCCAUAUAAUGUUGAAGUGUCAUGUAAAUGCAUCAAAAUGCAGAAACCGCAUUGGCCCAACUCUCUAAAUACAUGGCUUUGGGAGUAGUCUUCCUCCCUAUGACUCACUCCCUGUGCUGACAGCAAGAUGCCCCAUAAGAAGAUGGACCUCACUUGGUGUCUGCCCUCAUCUGCAAAAGUAUUGGACCAUUGGACCAUAACUCUAAACCAGAAGAGAAGCAUUGUGUGUUACAGGGCAACUGACUGUAUAAGUGCGAAGUGAAGUUGUUUGGUUUCGAAGGCUCUCAAAUAAGACCAAAAUAACCUUUCUGCAUUUUUAUGUUUACUUCUUCAUUGGCUGCUCAUCCAAAUAGGGUUUGGUAAUGUCAUAGCAAGGUAGAUUUGAGCAAUUUGUAGAAAAUAAUUAAAAAACAAUAUAAUCCCAUCUCCCACUGUCUCUAUACACAGGCUAUGGGAAUGAAAUUACAUAGACAUACACCAUGGUAUUCAGUUAUUUCCAGUCACUAAGCACACAUCUACUCUUACUUUACUAACUCAGAACUCAUGCAUGCCUUGAGAACAAUACCAAAACUGUAUCAACUGUACCUACCUAGAUUAAGACUUGCAGAAUCUGAGGCACUUGUUUGAAGCUUGGCCCAACUUGUUUACUGUACAUGUCUAUAAACAGUGUGUUGUAGGAUGCCAUCACAGGGCCAAGGUCAGUCGUGGCCCAGCCAUACCUCAUGCUGCCAGACACACAUGGUUUAUUUUCAGCUCUGAAUGUGCAUAUCACCGAAGUCAACUCAAGGUUUUGGAUUACAAAGAUAAUUGAGCAUAUUGCCAACUGUUAUUCUGAAUGUGCUUAUAAUACUUUUUAUUGUGAUAUAUAUCCUAUCUCAUAUCAUAUUGUUUAUCUAUGUGAUGGACAAAUGUAACUCUUCAUUUACACCACUCUGUUGCAGCUGUGUUAAAGGAACAUUUGAAUGGACUACAUAAGUACAUAUUGUCUUCUGAUUGGCUGCCUCUCCACACCUGACCAAUGAAAUGGAGACAUAUGGUAGAGAAAAUAAAACGCCAUGUAGAUACGGUAUAUACAAACAAGGCGAAGGUUUGCAUAGUAAUGUAUCACACAUAUUGCAUUAUAUUGUUGAUUUAUAUCAAGUGGUGUUACUUUUUUUAAGUGAAGCAUUUUUGUUCAACUGUUGGAGCUUGUAGAGUAGAUUUCCGUAAAGUAAGGUUAUAUUUUCAUCUGUGUGUAGUAUAACAUUGUGUACAUUGUAUAGUUCUGCACCAUUCUCUCAGGACCAUGCUGUAAUGUUUUACAUUAGCGGAAAGACAUAUAUCUCCUCAAUCUCUUUGUAGUUUGAUAUCAUCUGGAGAACUAUCGUUCAUUAUAGCAAUGUUAUGAUCAGUCUUUCAAGACUUGUUUGUAUUCACAGUAACAAACAAUCAAGAGUCUAUUGAAAGAUGUAUCCAUACACUGCUAUUGUUCUUUUCAUGAUGUCAUUCACUGUCUCAAUCUUGUUUUUUUUACCCGGAUCCCAUCACCAACUGUACUACAGUAUAACCAAAGCAUGGACUGAGAGAGAUUUCCAUCCUAUUUUAACUAUGUGCUUCAACCAUAACACAUAGAUUUUGUGUUUUCUCAUUGUUCACAGCACUAUAUUUAGGGACUGGCAAAGUGUGAACAAAGAAAAUUACCAGUCUUUAUUCUGCCUUCAGUUCAUGUCUGGUUUGUGUUUUUUUUACCUUUAUUUAUCUAGGCAAGUCAGUUAAGAACAAAUUCUUAUUUUCAAUGAUGGCAU